AAAUUCCGAUGAUACCUACUUUGGAUGACUUAAAGGAUGAAGAACUGUCUGCUGAUGUUGCUAAAGCACCGAAUGUUACUGUUAGUAAAAUUGCAACAUUUCAAGAACUAAACAGUGAUUUAUCAAAGCAUGCUGCAUUUCAAUCUUUGGAUGGUGUAGAUUUAACAUUACUUACAAAGAGAUUGCUUCCAGAACAUGUACUAAAGAAGGAAGAAGAUUUCAUUUGGACCUGGGAUACACUAUUUGCAGAUUUUUCUUCUCAGAUGAAUGCUGUAAUGUGUGCUGACGACAAAGGAUCGAGUGAUACUGAAAAAUUAAGUGAAGGAGUUGAAACAAUGUUUUAA